AUGCCGACAUCAUGGCUCGAGACGAUUUUCUGCUGCCGAUGCUGUUGUCGCAAUGAGAAAAUCGUGCAAAGGACCGUCACUUUGGGAUGUUUCGGAAUCGACGGCGCCGGAAAAUCGACAAUUUUGAAAAUGCUCAAAGGCGAAGAUCCGAGAAAUGUUCUGACGACUAACGGGUUUUCCGUUUUCGAAAUGGACUACGAUGAACGAUUUCGCCUUCGAAUUUACGACGUUGGCGGUGAUAAGGGUAUUCGCGACAUUUGGAGCAAUUAUUUCGGCGAAGUCUACGGCAUUAUUUAUGUCAUCGACUAUUCCAACGAAGAGACAUACCAAGAAUCCAUUGAGGCAUUUCAACGGGUCACCAAUCAUCCGCAAUGCUCAAAAAAACCGAUUUUGCUCAUUAUUAAUAACAAGAAUAAUUUGGAAAUUGACGAUGUUGAUAUUUCGAACGCGGCAAAUAUUCAGACAACUUCAAGUGUUCAACAGCAAAUGGUGAUGAUCACACAUUUGAAUCGAUAUAAUGGAUACCUUGAUAAUAUCAAAACCUCGAAUAUGAGCGUGUUUCAACGGGCAAAAAAAGAUCGAAGCGCUUUGCAGGAUCAAUUUUGUGCAUUUAUGUCAUUGAUUGCCGAACAUUAUGUUUAUUUAACUGAAGGCGUUCGAAGCGCUGAACUUGCACUUCAAAUUCGACAACAAGCUGAUAAGGAGAAUCGGAGGAUCAUGCUCAUGCAAGAGGAGCAUGAGCUCAGAAAAGCGGAUAUUGCUGGAUUGGAAGGCCGACGAUCAACUGUUGUUACCGAACAACCACGACCGGCUGAAAAUGAAGAAGAUGAAAAGGAAUUAAACACUUCGAGUCCUGCAAUUUCGUUGGCGAGCUCCACUAUUCCAUCAGACAUUGUUCAGGUUUCGCCUGAUGAUACUCCGCCACCUAAACCUGUCAAAGUAUCCCAGACAAGCACAAAACCUGUCUCGCCUGAUUCAAACUCUGGCGAACAGAAGAACACAGAUGAAAUCGUUUCAGAGACGAAACGACACCAUUCACAGGAACUUUAUUUUCUUCCUCCUAAAUCACCGGGUCGUCAUACCUCUAGGAUUCAACGGAUUCAAAGUGCGCUCAACAGCCGCGUUGCCCCAUUAUAA